AUGUCACCAAAUACUAGGUCGCAGAUCAGACUCUUUUGUCUAAUUUACGGUGAUAGUCCAGGUUCUGCUUUCGAAGUUAAGAUAAAUAAGAGUGAGACCAUUCACAUGUUGAGAGAGGUUAUUAAGGACAUGAUCGAUGUCCCUGAUAAUUUCAAAGCAAAAAACCUUAAACUAUGGAAGGUUAAUGUCCCUAUUAACUCGCCAUAUCUCAAUGACCCUAGUGUAGACAUUCCGAAUGUGCUUGGUGGGGAGUUGUUGCUUCCUACAAACAAAAUUGAAAAUUGCUUUUCCACAAUCACCGAAGAACAUAUUGACGUCAUUGUUGAAUUGCCCGAGUUGCCUACUUUAACCGUUACAAGAAACGAUAAUGACAUAAUCACAAUACUCGAUACGAUGAAAGAAAUGAAUAAAGAAAUGAAUGAAAAAAUUGAUAAUUUAAUAAAAGAUAAAUCUGUAAUACAAAUAUCAAGUGUAAACGAAGAAUACUUGGCGAAGAUUCUAGAGUAUACUGGGCUUGAUUACAAAACAACAACUCUUGAAGAGGAACUGCCAGGCCUUGACUUAAAUUUGAACGAGAGGAUUAAUGCUUUCAAAUGGUCAGACGAAGCAGAAAGAUUACAAAACGGUAGAUAUAAGACUUAUAUCACUAAUAUUCUCAAACUUGGAUCAUUUCGGAGACUUGGGAUCUAUGAUACAAUAAACGAUAAUUCCUUUCUUACUACAAGUGCUGACAUUCUUCCAAUGAAACUAUCUGGCACAACAAAUUUAGUUAUAGUAGACAGGCAUUCUAUUGCCAUGCAAUUACCAGAAAAACAUAUUCGAAUCCUUUUUGAAUUAAAGAAGAUCAUUGUAAAAGCUGAUACGUUUCAAAUUAUGGCGGAAUUAAUCUCGGCGGAUUUAAAAUCAAAUUAUACUAUUUUGGCAGUGUUGACUGAUUUGAUAGAUGAUUGGCGUUUUUAUUGGCUUAACGAUAAUGAUAGAAAUAUCAUAGGGUUCAAGCUUCCAAGAGUUAAUGCUGUGGCACUGUUACGAAAAAACCUUGCAUUUUCGGAGUUAGAACAGGAGAGAUCAGAAAAUAAAGAACUGGGUCAAGAAUUGGAUCAAGUUUUGGGAAUUUCUACUUCUGAAGUGGAAGAACCACUACCAAAAAGGCAAAAGAUUAAACAAAUUAUUGGUACCACUAACGUAAGUUCUGAUAUAGCUUCUAUGGAAGAUUUUUUUGAUACGAUGACAGAAGAAGAAGUAUUUAGAUAUAAAGCAAAGCGUCUCUUAAUUCCAUUUUUUAGCCAAAUAAACUUUAAUCAAUGGUCGGAACAAGGACAGGCUGAAGUUGAAAAAGAGUUAGAAUAUUUUAAUGUAAAUGACUACGAUGACGGGUGA